CCAGGAUGUCGUCAACCGGUGCGCUGUUUUGUGGACGCUAUUGCCUCUGGCCUCGAGUGAAAAGUGAUUAAGUGUGCGGUGUGUAGGACGUAUAUUUUUCUUCUUUUAACAUUAAAGUAAAUCUUCUCGAAAAGCAAACACAUCCCGUUGGCCGUGGCCGUAACCGUGGAUACAAAACCGCCACCCAGUCGUCGGACAGUGCCACUAAUUGUGUUAAUUUAAGCGCAAUAUGAAAACAGACGGAGCGUAGUGGGGAAGUUGAAUCGACAUCGAGCAUCGAUAUCAAAUAAGCCCGGUCAGCUGGCCGUUUACUGGCAGCUUGAACUGAACGCUCCAAUUAACUGCCCUCGCCGUACGCGUUAUCAUCUGCUGGAUUGUGAUUCGAUUGAAUUGAAACAACCAAAAUUAGUAAACCGAACCGACACGAUUCGAUUUUGCACUCGACGCGGUUACGAUGGAAACAAAGACCACCAGGCGGCAAGAAGCAGCAGUCACCGGCAGAGGCGACAGACAUCAUCGAUUCAGCGUUGACGCACCGCAACGGAUUACCGGCGGUGGCACGGGUAACGCCGGUGGAGCUGUUAUCAACGUGCUUGCCGUCGUUGCCGUGUUCGUUUUAACGGUGCUGCCGAUGUCUCCAUUAGUAUUGGCCCAACUGCCUCUUAGCCUACAGAAUCUCGUGGUAGAAAACGUCGUCAUCGAGGAGUGCUCCCUGAGAAAUCAUGCGAUAGCGGCCGGUGGCUCGCUACACAAUGGGCGUCCACACUGCCAUUUCACGCCAUCGAAUCGAACGGUGUGCUUUCGUGGAAUCGACACGAAACGGUUCGGUGUCGGGGGCCGCUUUAACCAAACCCGCCAGCUGAUACUGUGCGAUUGGCCAGCCCGCAGCUUCGAUCCGUUGAUGCUGGCCCGGUUGGUGCCAAAGUUGGAACGAUUCGCACUAGCCGGGCGCGGUUUGCAACGAUUAGCACACGAUUUCCCCGCCCUGCCGUUCCUGCGGAUGGUCAAUAUUACCGGCACACGGUUAAACUACACCGGUGUUAGCACGUUCUACGAGCUGAGCAAUCUGCAGGUGCUUAAUCUACGAGGUAACGAACUGGAACAGAUCCAACCGUACCGGUUCCGUAACGGGAAUGUGCAGGUCUAUCUGCAAGGUAACUUGUGGAACUGCACCAACGACAUGAUUUGGCUGUUAAAGGAACAGUCACAGCACUACACUGACAAGUUGACACUCGUGUGUAAAGACUGGAAGUACACCGGUCGACCUGUACUUACCGCGAUGGAGUACAAGCGCGUAGUACAGGAAAGCUGCCUGCACGAAGAAAUUUGGAACUGUAGCUGCCACGUGUCCUACCUCCGGCUCAGCGACGACGGGCUCUCGUUCGAUCCGAUGAUCAUGGUUAACUGCAGUGAUCGGGGUUUCUAUGAGUUGCCACAGUAUCUGCCCGGCAACACGACGGUGCUACACAUUGCGCACAACAAGCUCCAGUCGGUGGACAGCCUCACGACGAACGAACACUACCGAAGCGUUCAGGACAUCUACAUGGAUGACAAUCGGAUAACGUCGAUCGACAUCCUGGAGGACACGAUUUGGUUGGACAAUUUCCGCAUACUUAGCUUGCGGGGGAACCGCCUGAAUCGGAUACGAGUGUACAGUGUGGAGCACGCGAUGGAACGUAACCCGGGCGUGGGAAAAAUCUACCUCUCAAACAACCCGUGGCGGUGCGGAUGUCGCUUCGCCAUACGGUUUCAACGGUUUCUGCGCAAGCACGAAUCGCUGGUCGCCGAUUCGCGCAACAUUACGUGCUACGUGUUGAACGAAGAAGACGGUCGGAAGCAAUACCAGCAGGUGCUGACGGUAACACCAAACGAUAUCUGCCGAGCAUCGGAGAGCAAUGCGGCCACGUUCUACAACACGCUCAGCAUAAUUUUUGCCUCGUUGAUCGUGUUAAUCUUCAUUAAGCUGGCGUACGAUUACUACAACUACCGCAAGUAUGGCAAGCUGCCUUGGUUGAUAAUGAAAAUGCCCUGAGUUGAAACGACUACUAGGAUGUAGCCCUACUGAUAGUACUUUAUUACCGCUUUGUCGAGAUGGAAGCGGAAGAGGACUUAAAAAAUCAUUUUCUCAAUGGUGAAAAAGAAUCUCGGUGCAAUAUUUCUCAUCAAUUUGUUUCUUGUUAAGUUGAAUAAAAAAACUGUUUAAUUUAUUUUCUCACAA